AUGCGCAGCUGCUGUCCGCAGCUAGUCUCCUCGAGUUCCUCAUCCGCCGCCCGAGCAUUCCUCCAACUCGCACCCCGAAGAUGCUUCCACAACGCGCCACCUCAACCGCUCCUCGAUUUCCUCCUCCCCAGUCUUCCCUCCCCAGCUCUCCAGCAUGCCCGGCUCAACAAGCCGCUAUCUUCAAGGACACAAAAUGCCCCACGCAGGGCUUUCACGACGUCGCCUGUGCGCCGACAUACCAGCGCUGUUUUCAACCCGCGGAAAGAUGACGAUGGGAAUGAUAUGACUGUCGAGAUCACACCUCGAGCUUCGAAUCGUCUGAAAGAAAUCAUGGCCAAGGAUGAGAAUCCCGACCUUGCGCUCCGGAUUCAGGUGGAGAGUGGCGGCUGCCACGGCUUCCAAUACCUGAUGUCGCUCACGACUCUGCCGCCCCUCGACAAGUUAAAAUCUGGGGAUGCGAGUGCGGCUGGGAAAUUGGAGGAGGAUGAUACGGUCUUUGCGGCGGAUGAUGGGUCAGGGGCUAAGGUCGUGAUGGAUGGGCCGAGCUUGGAGCUGCUGAAGGGCAGUAAGGUUGACUUUACGAUGGAGUUGAUUGGGAGCCAGUUUAAGAUUGUGGAUAAUCCACUUGCGACGAGUAGCUGUGGAUGUGGAACGAGCUUCGAUAUCAAAGCUUAA